AUGGCCUUUCCCUUAUAUAAACUCCCGAGCAAUUGGUGGUCCGGUUCGGCAGGUAAUUACCACUGUUGCGCCCCGGCUCGUCGACACACUCCGAACCUUGCAGGUACCAGGACGUGCCCUGCCAGGACCUAUGCAUCGUCAAACGCGUGCCGUCAGCGCCGACUAGCUACAUCCACGCGAACUUCAUCGGCUAUCCGAUGCUGCCCGAUCGCCGCUUCGUCGGUGCGUCAGUUGCACUGGACCGACUGGCCCGAUCGUGAAGUUCCGCCGUGCAAACUGACCAGUCUGGAGCUGCUCUCGGCGGUGCGCGGAUCAAAAGUUCCGAUUGUAGUGCACUGUUUAGCAGGCAUCGGACGCACCGGGACCAUCGUUGCCAUCGAAUACAUUCUCGGUGAGUGGGAACCCGCCGAAACACGUUGAACCCGCGUCUGAAUUUAGAGAGAAUCGCCGAGGGAAAUCAAUUGGAGGUGAUGCCCGAACUGGGGAAACAGCUGCGCGACCAGCGGGCCUUCUCGAUCCAAAACGACCUUUAG